AUGCACAAACCUGGAUGUGAUGCAGACCGUCACGUCACUCCUUCAUCCACAGGCCCGGGAACAGAGCUCCCAGGCCCCGCCGAAGACGCACAAGUUUGGCCCACGAACUUCACUCGAGUCCCCGAGACACCGAAGCACUGCAGGCCGGGGUGCAAAGCCUCAAACCUUGCUGUGAUCCAAGGGGGCAGCGGUGCAGCGUGGUCCCCGGGGUGCAGCGGCUGGCAGCUCAGGCUAACCGCUAACGUCGCCGCUUUUCUGUACAAAUCCCCAACAGACAGAGACGGAAACACAAUGUCAGACACGGAGGAAACAAAACCUUCCAGCCAAGACGGAGGAGACAAGAAAGAUGGGGAAUACAUCAAGUUAAAAGUGAUAGGGCAGGACAGCAGUGAAAUCCACUUUAAGGUGAAAAUGACGACGCAUCUAAAGAAGCUGAAGGAGUCGUACAGUCAGAGACAGGGCGUGGCGGCCAGCGCUUUAAGAUUUCUGUUUGAAGGACAAAGAAUCGCAGACAACCAAACUCCAAAAGAGUUGGGGAUGGAGGACGAGGACGUAAUCGAAGUUUAUCAAGAACAGACGGGAGGGUUCCGGAUCGAGUGA